AGGAGUACAAGGCCCCCCCCGACGGCGACGCCGACGCGAAGUCCUUGGUGAUUGCGGAGCCCGAAAUCCGUGGAGAUCAGCUGGUCCCCGAGGACGACUUCCUCUUCAUGGCGUGCGACGGUCUUUUCGAUGUUUUCACCAACCAGGAGGCGGUCGACUUCAUCCACUCACGCCUGGCUGCCAUGCCUGCGAGCGAGCAGGAUCCCAAGCGAGUGGUGGAGGACAUCGUUCACGAGGCGAUCGACCAGCGGCGCUCCCGCGACAACGUCACUGCGCUGCUUGUGACCUUCCGCCGGCAAGUGACGCCAGGGAGGUAGGCAAGUCCCGCUGUGCCCAAUUGUGGCUUCCACAAGCUUCGGGUGUGGUAACGCGGGGGC